UUCAGACCUGUUAUAGUACAGUACACACUGCAACGUAAGCUGCUUUGAAUAUAUGAGAUGGCAACAAAAAUUAUUUACUUUACAGUAAAUGGGAGACCAGAACAAGCCGAGUUCCCGGUGAAUUGUCCAGCUCAAGAUGUCAAAGAUCUGUUCCGAGCUGCAGCUGAAGCCGGUCCACAUGACAUCUUAAAGCUUUACAAUCCCAAAGGCAACAUCAUCAACAUCUCGCCAAAUCUGGAGCCAAAUAAGCCCAACGCCUGCUACAAACUGGAAGUGGUGGCUUCUGGCUACAACAGUCAGCCAUUAGGUGUGGAACUUGCUGGUGCACUGGGAUAUGAUCUCUCAUCCAUGGAGAAAAGACUUAAAGGCCUGGAAAAGAAAAUCCUCGAUGAAGCAGGAACUACGCCUGCAGUCAUCUAUGAGAUGAAGAAACAGGUGGAUUCAUUCCGGGAGAAACUAGAGAGUGUGGAGCAUCUCAGCUGGCUGGGGUUAUUCAAGGACUUGUCUGAGGGGGCACACAAGCCCUCUCCGUUCUACCACAAGAGAACGUUACAUAAAACCAAAGAGGAAUGUGAGCAUGUGCGUGAAAAGUUCCUUCAAAUGAGCUCUCUGGAGGUAUCAGAGGAAGUAAGGCAGUACUUAAAGACUCCAACAUUUGACAACUGGCAGUGGGAGGAUGCGGAGAUAAUGGUCCUUCUGCAAGUCAUGUACACAGACUUGGAUUUGAUUGCGACCUACAAUAUUGAACCUGAAGUAUUACAACAGUUCCUGUUUGAAGUGUACCGCAGAUACAACAACAUUCCUUUCCACAACUUCAAGCAUUGCUUCUGUGUCACCCAGAUGAUGUAUGGUUUAAUCUGGUUGACCGACCUGAGAAGUAAGAUGGACGGCAUUGACCUACUGAUCAUGCUGACGUCUGCAAUUUGCCAUGAUCUUGACCACACUGGUUACAAUAAUGCAUACCAGAUCAAUGCUCGGACAGAACUUGCACUUCGCUACAAUGACAUCUCUCCUUUGGAGAACCACCACUGCGCAGUCGCUUUCGAUAUCCUGGAGAAGACAGAGAGCAACAUUUUCAGAAAUCUGCCUCUGGACCAAUACAAGCGGAUAAGAGAAAGCAUUAUUAAAUGCAUUCUGGCCACUGAUAUGACAAGACACAAUGAGAUCCUCAACAAGUUCAAGUCCAUUCUGGCUCCCUUUGAUUUUGACAAUAAGGAUCACAGAGAUGUGCUUAUGAUGAUUCUGAUCAAAGUGAGCGACAUCUCCAAUGAAGCACGACCCAUGGAAGUGGCAGAGCCUUGGCUGGAUUGUCUUUUACAGGAAUUCUACAACCAGAGUGAUGUCGAGAAGUUACAGGGUCUUCCUGUCACCCCUUUCAUGGAUCGGGAUAAGAUAACCAAACCCACAUCUCAAACUGGCUUCAUCAGAUUUGUGCUUUUGCCGCUCUUUAUAGAGCUGGCCAACCUCUUUCCCUGCCUGGAGCAACACAUCAUUGAUCCAGUGCGGAAGGCCCUUGACUACUACACUGAGAUGGAGAAAGCCCUGGAGAAAGAGAAACAAAAUCGAGCUCAAUGUGAAAAUGGAUUCAAGAGCAAGGAGAUACCAGUGGACCAGCCGAGUAGAGAUGAGCGGCGGACCUCUGGACAUGGAGCUUCAAGAACAGACACACAGUGACCAAAUUGACAUUGAAUGUACAAACUCAGAUGUACUUAGGGCAUUUUGAAUGUUGAAAAAAAAAGUUUGUUUAUGCAGGAGGUGGCAAAGGAGACUCGCGUAAAGUGAUUUUGCUAAAAUCCUAUGUAUGAAAUAACGCUGACAGAAAUAAAAAAGACUCCAACCAAUUCUUGUAA